AAUUAUCGCCUUGCUUAUGAGCAGUGCAAAGAUCACAUGGAAAGUUGGGAUCCCAUCGAUAUUUUUGAAUGGCGAAGCGUUGUUGGGCUUCUUAACUACAAAAUCUGUGAGUUAUGUUUCCUUCAUAACAUGGCGGUAGAGGCGAUUAACCAGAUGAGACGGCAUCAAGCAGUUUUCUUCGCCGGUCCUGCUGGUGUAUACCCCACUCCUCAGCUAGCUCACAUCGAAUUGCAGCUGUGGAAUGCUAAGGAGUGCUGGCACUUUGCACAGCUCUUCGAACAAGCUGUGGUGAACGGACUAACUGCUUUAGCUACUUUGAAUCCAGGAACGCAUCUGGACCUUGCCGCUUCAUUGUACUCUGCCGUUAACAAGAGCAUAAUAGCUUUGAAAAAUGCAAAUCCCCUGACCAAGCCCUAUCCGAACCCAGACCCUAUGGCAGCCAUACAGAAUACUAUUUUCUUUGGCCAACGUCCAUGGAGGAUUGGUUACGACGGGCUUGCACCAGCUAAUGUAGAAGCAGAUGCUGUCAUCGCCAUCAUGGUUAGUUUUCUGCUAUUUUCAUUCCUCUAG